CUGUGAUCUCCAGCAAUUGGUGUUUCAGUUGGAAGCAAACUCUGCUCUUGGUUGGAUGCAAAACUCAAAAACUCCCCAAGACGUAAACGAAAGAAGAAGAGAGAACAAAAAGUCUCUAUAUACCAUUGGCCCCAAAGAGGAAGAGUCAAGUUUUAAAGUUCAACGCGAUCGAGGGCAAAAAGUUUUCUUGCACAAGUUCAAAGUUUUUGCGAAUUUUUUUUUCGGGGGUUGUUGCAGUGAAAGAGCUAAAAGAGAAAAUUUUUGUGGAAAUUUUUGUUUUUUAAAUGUGAUAUGAGAGUGAUUUUAUGAUAGUGAAACGACGACGAAGGAAGCACAAAUGGAUAAUCCUGCUUUUAGUGAUGCCACGGCGGUAAAUCGCCAAAAAAUGCGAAGAUUCUCCAGAGCUGCGAGUGUUGCGAUAGACAAUGAAGCUUCACCCUUUUCACCAACAUCACCAAGGUUCAAGACCGUGGCACCAACAAUGAUGGUGCGCUGGCGAAAUGAUCCUCAGGCCAUGAUGGAGGAUCAAGGUGAGGGAUUUGAGUACAUGGAAGUGGGUCCAUCACCCCCAGCUGAGAGUGCACCCAGUAUGUAUGAUAGCUUCGAGGAACCCAGCACGGAGUUGAGUGUACAAAUAUGCAGUGAGACAAUUCGUGGGAAUCUUCUCGAUCAAAUGAAGACGUGCAAUGGGCGAGUGAAGGUUCUCGAAGACAUUGAGCAGCGUAGCAUAACGACGGAGAAUGCAGUUGAGUCAUUUAGGAAUGUGUCAAAAAUUGAGAAGAAUAUUGCAUUUCUCUGGGCGGCCUACCUCAAACGGUGGGACCUCCUCGAGGGACUCCUCGAGGCUGGUGCUGAUCUCCACUACACGGACCCCAAUGGGAUUUCGGCACUCCAUUUGGCGGCAUUUAGUGGUUGUGUGAGGUGUACGGCUUUCUUGAUAUCGUGCGGAAUUGACGUGAAUCUCCAAACGAAAUGCUACACGCCUCUGCAUUGUGCUGCAUUUGGGAAUUCCCCCGAGACAGCAAAAAUGCUCAUCAAUAGUGGCGCCAAUAUUGCAACGGUGACGGCAAAGCAGGAUUGCGAAGAGAGUCUCCUCCACUGUGCUGUCCGUGCUAAUGCCGUGGAUUGCGUGAGGUUGUUUAUAGCUGAGGGGGCUGAUGUGAACUCCCUCAAACCCAAUGGGACAAAUCCCAUACACUUGGCCGCCUAUCUGGGUCAUGUGCAGUGUCUCGAGGUGCUGCUGGAGACAAAGGCGGCUGACGUCAAUAUUAAAAAUUGCAUUCGCGAUAAGGAAUCCACGGCAUUGCAUCUAGCUGCCGAUGAGGGGAAUGUUGAGUGCAUUAAUCUCCUCCUUGGCAAGGGGGCUGAUGUUAAAUUGAGGAAUCAUCGGGGGUUCACAGCUCUGCAUCUAGCAGCUCGAUCAGCGAGCCUGGAGUGCUGCGAAUCCCUCCUGAGGACAGGGAAUGCUGAUCCCAAUGCGGAGGAUUUUGAUCACAGAACCGCCCUUCAUGCUGCAAUUGGGAAAUCCGAUCAAGCUCUGGAUAUUCUGGAGACUCUCAUAGCUUGGGGUGCAAAUAUAAAUCACAAAGAUGUCUAUGGGUUCACGGCUCUGCAUCUAGCUGCUCUGGAUGGGUUGGCACAGUGUGUGGAAGUUUUAAUAUUUCACGGAGCCGACGUGACGACAAAAUCCAAGAAAGGAACUUCGGCACUGAAUGUGAUCACGCGCAAAACUCCAGCAUCCCUGCAGAUGAUUAGUCAGAAGCUUGAUGCGGCUAUUACAUGCCAUCAGAGUCACGAUACAGCUAACAGGGAAGUUGAGCUUGAACUUGACUUUCGGCAACUCCUGCAGUAUUGUCAUCCACGUGAAAUUAGCUACAUGAAUACCUUUGUGGAUGAGGGGCAGAAAGAAUUCCUCCAGCAUCCACUCUGCAGUGCUUUCCUCUACAUUAAAUGGGGGAAAAUUCGCAAAUACUACAUCGGGCGUCUUGUCUUCUGCUUCAUGUUUGUUCUCUUCCUCACACUGUAUGUGCUCACGGCACUUGCUCACAAUUGCUAUAAUAGCAGCAAAGAAAUGGAGGAGGAGAUUCAGGAGCAGGAGUUGUGCCAGAAGCAAUCAAUACUGGGGAAUAUGCUACGCAAUAAUCCCUUUGUGAUUGAGAUGCAAUGGUGGGUACUCGUGGCCAUAACAAUAGUGGAAAUUUUCCGUAAACUCUGUGGUAUCAGUGGAUUUUCCUCAUUUCGGCAGUAUGUGACACAAUUUGAGAAUCUUAUCGAAUGGUUCGUCAUUGUUAGUGUCUUCGUCAUUUCCUACAUCUAUACACAUCGCACGUAUACAUGGCAGAAUCACAUUGGAGCCUUUGCAGUGCUCUUGGGAUGGACAAAUCUCAUGCUGAUGAUUGGGCAGUUGCCUGUCUUUGGGGCCUACGUGGCCAUGUACACGAAAGUUCAAGGGGAAUUUGCAAAACUCUUUAUGGCUUACUCAUGCAUGUUGAUUGGAUUCACGAUUAGCUUCUGUGUGAUCUUCCCAUCAUCGUCGCUCUUUGCAAAUCCCUUUAUGGGUUUCAUAUCGGUUCUUGUGCUUAUGAUUGGUGAGCAAGAUCUCUCAUUGCUAACAAAUGAUCCCGACGACAAGGAUCCGCCGUUUUUGCUGGAAAUCAGUGCACAGAUCACCUUUGUGCUUUUCCUACUGUUUGUCACGGUGAUCCUGAUGAAUCUCCUCGUGGGAAUUGCCGUGCAUGAUAUUCAAGCACUAAAGGUGUCUGCAGAACUUUCAAAACUCGUACGACAGACCAAACUUAUCUCCUAUAUAGAAUCUGCCCUCUUCAACGGUUAUUUACCUGCCUGGCUGAGGAGAUUGCUCCACAAUACAGCUCUCGUCUCGCCUCAGGCUUAUCGUGUGGUACUGUGUGUUAAACCCCUCAAUCCCGGCGAAAAGCGUCUUCCCCGUGACAUUCUCAAAGCCGCAUAUGAAGUUGGGCGGCAGAGGAAGCAUUUUGGCCAUACAAUUUCAGCGCGAAAUUCCACGGCAACGUACUUCUCCUACAAGAACCCAAUAAAGUUGGAUGCCAAAGUGGCCGAGGGAAAGCUCAUGGUGGACAAUAAUAACGUCAAUAUACGCUCCGGGGAAUCAGAUUGCGGCUUUGAGACAGAAAGUAUUUGCACAUUGACAACAAAGGUGGAAGAGAGUGCGGAAAAGAUUGAAAUGCUCACGAAUGAGGUGAAGGAGCUCAAAGCGAUUCUGCAUCAGAAUCAUGCACUUAUUGAUCAAGUGAUGACACUCCUGUCCAAGAAUCAGCACAAUACCAAUCACAAGAGUCAUGGGAAGAAGGUCCAAAGAUUUCUCUUUGGUCAAUUUAUGAGGGUAUACAGUGUGAAGAUAAUGGAAAAUUCUGGACACAAAGAAUCAGUGAUUAAGUCAAAGCGUCGACGAUCAACGCGAGCAGCCAGCAUAGCUGUUGAGAAUGAACACAUUCCACUGUCGAUGUCACCAAGAUUCAAGACGAUGGCACCGCAAAUGAUGGUGCGCUGGCGCAACGAUCCUCAAGCAAUGCUGGAAGAACAAUACCCAUCUGAGGGAUUUGAAUAUAUGGAAGUUGGGCCAUCACCGCCGGCUGAGAGUGCACCCAGUAUGUAUGAUAGCUUCGAGGAGCCCAGCAGUGAGCUGAGUGUGCAAAUAUGCAGUGAUACGCUGAGGAUAAGUCUCCUGGAGCAGAUGAAGGUCACAAGUGGACGUUUGAAGCUCUUUGAGGAUAUUGAGCAGAAGAAGAUCCUCAGUACGGAUGUUGUGGAUAUUUUUGCAACAGCUACGAAAAUUGAGCGGAACUUGAGCUUACUCUGGGCAGCAUAUCUGAGGCGCUGGGAUUUGUUGGAGGAGUUCAUCGACACGGGUGCCGAUGUGAAUUUCAGUGAUAUCAAUGGAAUAUCAGCACUCCACUUGGCGGCAUUUAGUGGUUGCGUGAAGUGUACAAAGUUCCUCGUGAAUUUGGGUGUUGAUGUGAAUUUGCAAACAAAGUGCUACACUCCGCUCCACUGUGCUGCCUUUGGGAAUAGCGUGGAAGCUGCUGGGGUACUCCUGCAGAAUGGUGCAUGCGUGGAUAUUAAUACAAAGAGGCAGCAUCUAACGCACAACUACGAGGAAUCCCUCUUGCACUGUGCUGUCCGUGCUAAUGCCGUGGAUUGCGUUAAGCUCUUCAUUGCAUACGGGGCUGAUGUGAAUUCCGUCAAGUCCAAUGGGACGAAUCCCAUUCAUUUGGCAGCUGAUCUUGGGCAUACACAGUGCCUCGAAGCUCUACUCUCCGCCAAGGAUGCUGAUCCAAAUAUAAGAAUUUGCAUUCGCGAAAAGGAAUCCACAGCUCUGCACCUAGCUGCAGAUGGUGGGAAUGCUGAGUGUGUGGCUCUGCUCCUGGCCAAAGGAGCUGAUGCAAAACUGAAGAAUCAUCGGGGAUUUACACCACUUCAUCUCGCUGCACGAGCAGCUAGUUUGGAAUGUUGCGAAGUUCUUCUGCGACUCGGUGGCGCAGAUCCAAAUGCUGAGGAUUACGAUGAGAGAACUUCUCUUCAUGCGGGAAUUGGGAAAUCCGAGGCUGCUUUUGAUAUUCUUGAACAUCUCAUAGCUUGGGGUGCAAAUGUCAAUCAUCAGGAUGUCUAUGGGUUUACGGCACUUCAUCUUGCUGCCCUCGACGGGUUGGCACAGUGCGUGGAAAUGUUGAUUUUUCACGGAGCUGAUGUUUCCACGAAAUCCAAGAAAGGAACUUCGGCUUUGAAUGUGAUCACGCGGAAAACUCCAGCAUCUCUUGCGAUGGUUACACACAAAUUGGAUGCAGCUAUAACACUCCAUCACAGCCAGGAUACAGCAAACAGGGAGGUUGAGCUUGAAUUGGAUUUUCGGCAACUCCUGCACCUCUCCUAUCCGCGGGAAAUAAACUACCUGAAUACCUUUGUAGAUGAGGGGCAGAAGGAAUUCCUCCAGCAUCCACUCUGCAGUGCUUUCCUCUAUAUAAAAUGGGGAAAAAUUCGCAAAUACUACAUUGGACGUCUUGUCUUCUGCUUCAUGUUUGUUCUCUUCCUCACACUGUACGUGCUCACGGCACUUGCUCACAAUUGCUACAAUGGGAGUAAGGACAUGGAAGAGACAAUCCAAGAGCAAGAGUUGUGUCAGAAACAAUCAAUCUUGGGAGAUAUGCUGCGGAAUAAUCCAUUUGUGAUGGAAAUGCAAUGGUGGGUUCUUGUGGCGAUAACAAUCUUCGAGAUAUUCCGUAAACUUUUUGGUAUCACCGGAUAUUCCUCCUUCCGGCAUUACGUCACCCAAGCGGAAAAUAUAAUUGAGUGGUUUGUGAUAACCAGUGUCUUUGUAAUCUCCUACAUCUACACCAAUCUGUAACGUGCGAAAAAAUUUUGAACUUGGCUUUUGGGAGGUUAACUUUUAUUCUGUCAAAAUGUCUCCAAAACGACGAAGGAAGCCGAAGAGUGUGUGCAUGAUAUAUGUUCUUUGUAUGUAUUUGUGUGCUACUUUUAGUUAUAAAUUUUCCAUCCCCACAGGGAACGAAGUUCAGUCUGGAGUAGAAUUCUGUCCAGUGAGAUCUACAAGAGUGUCGAAGACGCCGGGAGUGAAUUUGUGCCUUCCCCGGAACUGCAGCAUCUGUGUCCCGCCAAAAGAAGACGCCGGAAGUGGAAUUGUGUCGUCCCAGGAAUUGCAUCAGCUGCGUCGGAGAGAUUCACGCCAAGGGAACCCGCCAGGAGAUUGGGGAGAAUCAGUUGGAAGAUUUGGCGCAUCUCACAGGCUCGAAUCGGACACAGAGGUCGGUCGUCAAUUGCCGCCUGUGUCUGGACGUUAGAUUGCCAGUCUUACUGGCAAGGAAAAGUGCUUUCCCCGGUCGCCAAUAGCCGGAAGCGUCAGCAGGACAAGGGAAGUAUUCCUCUGACGAGAUAUUCAGGUCGCCAAUUGCCUGAAUCCAGCACAUACGGGCCCCGUGGAAGAGCCAAAGCUCACCUGCCGGUCGUCAAUUGCCGGAUUUGCCUGGGAACAUCUCUAUCGCCACCUUUGGUGCGCGGAGAAGUCUGUGGCCUGGUCGUCAAUUGCCAGCGCUCAUAGAAACGCUAUCACACGGUUCCUCAGGUGAGCCAGAUCUCACACAGCGAGAAUUGAAACGCACCCACAUAUCCUGUGAGGGAAAUAUUGCACAGAAGAAGUCAGCAGGCGAGCCCCUGAACGUCGGUGGAGAGUAGGAGAUCCCCGAAGGAGAUCACAACAGCAGCAGGAAGAGAAACCACCGUAGAUCGAGACACCCGCUGGAGAGAAUCCUUUUGUGAGGAGAAGAAGAGUCAAAGCCCUGUAACCUGAGUGAAGAAUAAACUACCCCCUGAGCUAGUCGAGGGAGGGUUUUGAAUCUUAUAUGGCGCCCAACCACCGCUGGAACUCACGCAAGUAGCCCUAAAGAGUAUCAGUGUUGCAUAGAGUAAAAUUAUAAUUUGAUUCAUUGGAAAAUUCUGAAAAUUCCCAUAAAAUUUAGCCUUUGCUGAGGAAUAAGUAAAAUUGAUUUUGUGCCGUACAAAAAUUUGUGAAGUUUUGUGCUUUGUCUCCUUGCGAUUCUCAGAAAACCGCAACCCCCAAACAAUAGGUAUUGAGCGAUCAUUUGGGGGCCUUUGUGCAGAAAUAUAUUUUGGCCAUUGUCGGCGGGGAUACCUUUGAAGUUUCCCUUACGGAUCCCGCUAUACAUAGCACAAGUAGUAUUGGGGAGAGCUUUUCAAAUAUUUUUUGAUGGUCAAAAAUUAAAAUUGCCUUUGCAAAUAAAAUAAUUUUUUGAUUUUGGCAACUGCACUUUUGCAAAAAUUUCUUUUUCCGGUCACCUUGAUCAAAGUCUCAAUUUGGGGGUUCUCUGAAAGUCAUUUGAGACUUUUGAGAUCCAUCCGGGAGUUUUUCAGAAUCAUCCGGGAGUUGUUGAAAGCCAUCCGGAGCUUGGAGAAUUUUUUUUUCUUUUUCUCCGAUUUUUCUUUUUUUUUUUUGGGAAGUGAGGAAAUCCCCUUCCAGGAUAUUGAUUUUAAUUUAGAUUUCAAUUCAAAUAAUUAAGAGUUUCCCUAUCUUGGCAUUUACUGUGGGGCAUGCGCUGUGGGCUUGGCGGGGGCAGGUGCCCUUUUAUUUUUUGCUCCUCGCAUCUUGCUUAGGCAAUCGAUUAAGCGGGUUGAGCGAAAUUUGCUGGACCAUUUGUGACCUGCCUUUCUCGCGUGCUGCGUCCUGCGGGCAAUGAAGGGAUAAGGGAGAUUUCUCUAGUCUUUUUUGGAGAAAAUUUUCACGUGUAGCUUGCAUUGCUCACGUUCUUUGUGCUGAACAUUUUGUAUUAAUUUAAGAUUUGAGAAUAUUUUAUGGAUUAUUUUGAUGGAUCCAAUAAAAGGAAAAUAUAUAGAAAAAUUA